UUCCUUUCAUUUUCCACCCCAGCCAUUGCCCCUCCUUGUCCUUGUCCACUCCAAGAAGCGAAACCGACCUUUCCUCCUCCCCCGAAUCCCACAUCGCUGAGAUCUAGCCCUAGGGUUUCGCCGGCAGCGAGGCUCUUAUCACCGGCGGCGAGCUAAGCUCUGCGAAGAGUGAAGGGGGGGGGGGGGAGAGAGGAGGCGGCCAUGGGGCAGCAGUCGCUGAUCUACGCGUUCGUGGCCCGCGGCACGGUCAUACUGGCCGAGUACACCGAGUUCACCGGCAACUUCACCACCAUCGCCUCCCAGUGCCUCAUGAAGCUCCCCGCCAGCAACAACAAGUUCACCUACAAUUGCGACGACCACACCUUCAACUACCUCGUCGAGGACGGAUUCACAUACUGUGUGGUUGCUGUUGAAUCAGUGGGGCGACAAGUUCCCAUUGCUUUUUUGGAUAGAGUUAAGGAUGAUUUCACGAAAAGAUAUGGUGGUGGGAAAGCUGCUAAUGCUGCAGCUAAUAGCCUCAACCGAGAGUUUGGAUCAAAACUUAAAGAGCACAUGCAGUAUUGUGUGGACCACCCUGAAGAGAUUAGCAAGAUGGCCAAGGUGAAGGCACAAGUUUCUGAAGUCAAGGGUGUUAUGAUGGAAAACAUCGAAAAGGUUCUAGAUCGUGGAGAGAAGAUUGAGCUGCUUGUUGACAAGACUGAGAAUCUGCGAUCGCAGGCACAAGAUUUCAGGCAGCAAGGAACGAAUGUUAGGAGAAAGAUGUGGCUACAAAAUAUGAAAAUAAAGCUUAUAGUCUUGGGCAUAAUAAUUGUACUGAUUUUGAUCAUUAUCCUGUCCGUUUGCCACGGGUUCAAGUGCAAGUAAGCGUUAAUGGAUCCGACAGUCAAGAUUAAUACAUUCAACAACACUGCUGGUUCGGGCCAAAAAAAACAAAAAAACAAAAAAAAAAACACUUGUUCUGCCCUCUCUAGUGUGCUUUGGCCUGGUCAUGGUACACGAGCGUUUUGCGUUGUCUUAUUGUUAAAUGUCUGAUGGUGAGUGGGUUGAGUUGUGUGUGUUUUUGGACGCUAUGUAUGUAUAGCCUGGAUAUGAGUAGAUUUACUGAACUGCGUCGGAAUGUUGUGCAGUUGUGCUUCA